CCCCGCGGGGCCGUGCGUGGCAGCGGCGCGUGACGCUAGAGAAGGGAGCUGGCCAGUGCUGAGGGGGCGCGGCGCGGAGCCGGGCGGCUCGGGGCCCAGAGCGCGCCGUGGCCGGGAGCCCGCCGGCCCCUGACAGCCCCCUCCCCCCCGGUGGACGACGAAGACGACGACUAGGGCGCGGGUCAUGGCGGAGCAGCGACCCCAGCGCGGGCCCUGACCUCCGCCGCAUGGAGCGGGACGAACGGCCGCCUAGCGGAGGGGGAGGCGGCGGGGGCUCGGCGGGGUUCCUGGAGCCCCCCGCCGCACUCCCUCCGCCGCCGCGCAACGGUUUCUGUCAGGAUGAAUUGGCAGAACUUGAUCCAGGCACUAAUGGGGAAACUGACGCUUUAACACUUGGCCAAGGUCACACACCUGUUUCUGUUCCAGAUGAUCGAGCUGAACAACGAACCUGUCUUAUUUGUGGAGACCGUGCUACAGGCUUGCACUAUGGGAUCAUCUCCUGUGAGGGCUGCAAAGGUUUUUUCAAGAGGAGCAUUUGCAACAAACGGGUAUAUCGGUGCAGUCGUGACAAGAACUGUGUCAUGUCUCGGAAGCAGAGGAACAGGUGCCAAUACUGCCGCCUGCUCAAGUGUCUACAGAUGGGGAUGAACCGCAAGGCUAUUAGAGAAGAUGGCAUGCCUGGAGGCCGGAAUAAGAGCAUUGGGCCAGUCCAGAUAUCAGAAGAAGAGAUUGAAAGGAUCAUGUCUGGACAGGAGUUUGAAGAAGAAGCCAAUCACUGGAGCAAUCAUGGUGACAGUGACCACAGUUCCCCUGGGAACAGGGCUUCAGAGAGCAACCAGCCUUCGCCAGGCUCCACACUGUCAUCCAGUAGGUCUGUGGAACUAAAUGGAUUCAUGACAUUCAGGGAUCAGUACAUGGGAAUGUCGGUGCCUCCACAUUAUCAAUAUAUACCGCACCUUUUUAGCUACUCUGGUCACUCACCACUUCUGCCUCCACAAGCUCGAAGCCUGGAUCCGCAGUCCUACAGUCUGAUUCACCAAUUGAUGUCAGCUGAGGACCUGGAACCAUUAGGCACUCCCAUGUUGAUUGAGGAUGGGUAUGCUGUGACACAAGCAGAGCUAUUUGCUCUGCUUUGCCGCCUGGCUGACGAGCUGCUCUUUAGGCAGAUUGCCUGGAUCAAGAAGCUGCCUUUCUUCUGCGAGCUCUCAAUCAAGGAUUACACGUGCCUCUUGAGCUCUACAUGGCAGGAGUUAAUCCUGCUUUCAUCCCUUACAGUUUACAGCAAGCAGAUCUUUGGGGAGCUGGCUGAUGUCACUGCCAAGUACUCACCCUCCGAUGAAGAACUACAUAGAUUUAGUGAUGAAGGGAUGGAGGUGAUUGAACGGCUCAUCUACCUGUAUCACAAGUUCCAUCAGCUAAAGGUCAGCAAUGAGGAGUAUGCGUGCAUGAAAGCAAUUAACUUCCUAAAUCAAGAUAUCAGGGGUCUGACCAGUGCCUCACAGCUGGAACAGUUGAACAAGCGGUAUUGGUACAUUUGUCAGGAUUUCACUGAAUAUAAAUAUACACAUCAGCCAAAUCGCUUUCCUGAUCUCAUGAUGUGCUUGCCAGAGAUUCGCUACAUUGCAGGAAAGAUGGUGAACGUGCCCCUGGAGCAGCUGCCCCUCCUCUUUAAGGUGGUGCUGCAUUCCUGCAAGACAAGUGUUGUGAAGGAAUGACCUGUUUUCCUGCAUCCUCCUCCGGCGGCCCACAGUGCCUUGGGUACGCAGGACAGGCUCCAGCGGAAAGAGCCAGAGAGACCAAGAUGGAGGCUGUUGAGCAGCUGCCUCCAUAGCGAGAAGAAUUUGUUUGUUUGUCUGUUUUUUAACCUCAUUUUUCUAUAUAUUUAUUUCACGACAGAGUUGAAUGUAUGGCCUUCAACAUUGAUGCACAUGCUUUUGUGUGAAUGCAGCAGAGGCAUUUCCUUGCAGUUUACAGAAUGUGAAGAUGUUUAAUGUUACAGUGUUGUCGUUGUUUAGAGAUAGUUCUUUUGUAUUUUGAGGGAGAGGGUGGGAUGGGCUGAGAUGACUAUUUCCAUAAAGUUGACAGAGACAACUACCUCAAUGGAAAUGGGGAUGUGGCCACCCCUACUUUUCCCACAUUUUCUCAGCAGACAUUUAUACACUUGUCUGUUAGAGAGUAAAUUGCCUUUUUCUAGCCACAGAUUUGUCAGGUAAAAAGAAUACACCAAAGGGACGAAGUGGUAUAUGUAGGGAGCUUUGUAAGUGAGGUAGGUAAAGCGUUUGGGAAAGACAAGAUGAGGAAUUAGCCAUCAUCUCUUUCCUUUGCAAAGUAUGAGAGUAGGGCACAGCGACCAAGCAUACAGCAUGCACCUCCCAUUCCACAAGCCCUAAGGACAAGAGUUUCUGUUCUCACCCCCUGCUGCACCUCUUCCACCCUGCGCACAGCUGUCUAUUGACUGCUACUAUCAGCUUUUCAUCUAGGCAGCAUCCUGGCAAUAAGUUGGUCCAUAGGACUUUUGUAUCCCUUGAGCUUACAGCUACCUAGUUUCCUGAUCCAGUUCUACUAAGGUCUACCUUCCUCAGGCUCUGCCCUUUCCCUUAUGAAUUUGACUUCUCGGCAGCCCUUUAGAAAACUGACAGCAAAAUGCCAUGUUCUGAAUCCUGGGGCCCACUUCUGAUUCAUUCUCCUUUAACUUGUUUUCCUCUAAGGGUAGAGGGACAAAGGCCAAGCUGCUGAAAUAAUAAAUACUCUUUGGGAACCCCUAUUAUUCCCCACAUCUCAUUCCCAGAACCAAAUCCAAAAACUACUGUUUUUUAAACAGAGGAAAGGACCAUUCCCUCAUCUGCUGACCAGAGAUUUCGCUCCUAAAUUCUAAGUGCUCCUAAUGUUUCUGAAAUAAAAUCAGUUUUGCCAAGGCUCUAGAAUAGAAGCUGAGACCCAGAAUAAGCCUAACUAUUCCCUCAAGUAUUGUCAGUGGCCAGGCCUACUAAAGGCCUGGAGGGAUGGAGCCAGAAGUACCUGGAAAGGAAAGGGGCUUUCAACUACCUCAUGUUUCUAAGGACCUGACUGCUGCUUCUGCAGAUGCAGCCUGGACCCUUAUUCUGUCACUACCUGCCCUGUCUAGUUCCAGAAGGAGUUCCUACCCCUCCAGACUUUGGCCAGACUUUGGCCAGGACUCCACCAGGUUCAUCUUGGAGCUGCUUCAUGUGCUUUUCCCUUCUCUGCCUACACUAGGCACCUCUUACUGCCAGUACUGCUCAGCUGGGUACAUUUCUGGGUGGGAUUGAGGGACCCAUAGUCUCUCCUUCAGCCCAUUUGGUCAGAGGCUGUUUACUCUUCCCCAACUCAGCCUACUUAAUCUACCCAGGAGGCUACCACAUCCUUUGCAUUCUGGGUAGUCUCUACUUCUAAUUUUUUUCUUUCUAGUGAAAUGUUACGGGUACCAGCAAAGUGAUGAUUAUGUCCCUUAUCCAAAAUUCAGAGCAUUUCCUCUCAGGAAAAAUUCCAGAUAGCAUGUUUUUCACAUGUCAGUGGGAAGACAUGUAUAUGUGUUUAUGUAUCUGUGUAUUUCUAAGUUCACAGUGUUUUUCUUGUUUGCCUGAAUUUUUUAUUUAACCAACUAGAUCACAUUCUUUGGCUACAGGUCAGAUUCUAAGCUGCUUUCUUCAAGCUCGGGGAGGAGACAUAUAUCAGGUAGUGGUGAAGAGAGCUCCUGUAUGCAGCAGCUUUCUUUGCUUAGACCUCCAUUUAUCAAAUUGUUAGUUUCUGAAACUGCUUUUCAAAUUAGUAUUUUACCUGUUGUGUUGGGUGUCAAAGGAAUUGCUCUCUGAUGAGGCAAGAACAUGUCUCCCCAAUAAUAUAGUCUUAAACAGAGCAAGUUGUUAAUUUGUGGAGUGGGGGAAAGGUUCUGCAAGUUGCCAUUGUACAAAUCCAUUUUUACAAUGUUUGCAGCAGAUUCCACAGAACAAAGAGCCCAUUCAUUGCCAAGAGCCCUGCAGAAUCUCUGAGCCAAGUGGCUGUGUGUUCUGAGCCAGAGCCUGACCUGUGGACCGCCUUUAAUGUCUUCUGCACCCAGUCCUUUUAUGACAUGGGCUUCUUUUAAACAGGGUAAAGUGAAUGUGUUGCAUUGCAAACUCAGGUAUUCUGAGGAGAAGGUAGGAGUGUAGCUAGCAGCGUGGAGACAUUAGGUCAGCCACUAGAUGUAUUUGUGAUUUUGGUUUGAAGGACACAGAGAAAGGUUGGAGGGGGAGGUUUGAUAUGCUUGUUUUUUGCCUUUUUCCCCGUAAUGUUUGGUUAGCAGGCAGCCUUUUUGCUAGUGGAAGAAGGAAAAACGUGUGUUGUCUCUAAUUCCUCUCUCUUCUGUCCUCUCUCUAAUCUGAGCCACUAAAAAUACUCACUUUGAGUGAGAAUUUUUCCACCAUAAAAAUAUAACCCUGAAAGCCACAUAGAAAGGAGCCUCUACCUCCUUGCACUGUGGUGAAACAUGCAAGCUUUCCCCUUCCUUCCCUUGAGAACAUUUUCUUGACCCAAGAUAAAAGUUUGGGGUCUUGGAGCUUCAUCUGUAAUUCAUGGUCUCUGGCCCUCCUUGUAGACUUUUGGAGUCCUUCGCAAGGUUUGGUGUACUUGCCCUUAGUCUGGAGAAAUUAUCCAAAACUUGUCUCAAAGCACUCCACCUGACUCAGGACACACAGUCCUCCAGGCCCAACCUACCAGUGAGAUGAGCAGGCCUCCAAGGGUAGAAGGAAGCAAGCAGAAACCUCCCUGUGCUGAUCCCCAGAACCAGAGCAGAGAUAGAAGAACAUAGAGGCAUCCCUCAGAGUUGCCCAUUCACACCAACCUGCCUCUGACUUGCCCCACCACUCAGGGAAGUGAGUGCCUGCUGCAGUCAGUAGAUCAGAUCCCUAAAACCCUGACCUCCCUGGACCAGCUGUCUUGCCCUGCUACCCAGUACCUGCCUUUGUUUGUUCUUGAUUUCGAGGAGAAUGGGACAGAUGGAGACAGUCUUUAAGUUGUGACCAAGGUUAGCUAAAGUAAAGGGGCUCUGGUCUCUCUAAAGGGCAGAAAGUUGAGCAUUGGUUCCAAGUCUUUAGCUUUGGAACUCUGGUGUUUUUUCCCUUGUUACUUUUUAAAAAAAUUUUGCAGUUUAUUUUAAGAAAUUCAGUCCUUCAGACCAGCCCUUCUAUUCAACUUUUAAUUUUUCCUAUUGACUUUUUAAAGUUUAAAAAUAAGAAAAAAAAAAAAAACCCACCACGCUUACUCCCCCACCUUGAUCCAUGAAACUACCCCACACGCCCCUCUGCUGAUGAUCAUCCUCCCUUUUUUCCUCAUGCCCAGUGUCUGUGAAGUAGUGUUUUAUCUGUGUCUUAGGAUGAAAAACGGCAAUCAUCCCACCAGGUGCUAGAAAUUGGUCAGCCUUGAGGCAGGCGCUUCUGGGGCCACAGCUCAGGGAUGUGUAUUUAAUUACAGGGUCCCCAGAAAGCCCUCUUUUGGCUGCCACAAGUAACAUCUUUUCUGGGCUUGAGAGCCAGACCUUGCCUAUUUCCUCGGAGGCAGCAACCCCAGAGUCUGCCAAGCUGGGAGCAAGCUGCCUCUUUUGCUAGGUCUAGGCUCCCUCAAGACUUGAAGACUUCUGACUGUCCUGCGCAUAAGCCCCAGUAGUCCUCUACCAGUUCAUGGGAAGCCUGGUCCCUCUGCCCAGGACAGCCCUUCUGGGCCUGCAGCCCUAAAUGUACCCUAGCCUGCUCAGGUAUCAGCUAUAGACUCAAAGGAAAGCUGGGAGGAAGACCAGGGUCUGCUCCAAGCCCAAGAAAAAUGUGCUACUGGUGGAGGCUAGUCUUCAAAUCCUGGAGCCAGCCUGCCGGCCAAAGGGUCCUCUUGCCUUUUGGUGACUGUUUUCUUUGCUGAAAUAUAAUAGAUAAUAAUGUUGACUCAAAUUUCCAUGAAAAAAAAAAAAAAAAAAAGAGAGAAAGACUACCUCUUAAGUGACAUCC